AUGAAACCAGAGAAUUAUACACAAACUUCAGUAUUUCUUCUUCUGGGAUUUUUUGAGGAACCAGAAUUGCAACCCAUCUUCUUCGGGCUGUUCCUGUCCAUGUACCUGGUCACCUUGUUUGGAAACCUGCUCAUCAUCCUGACCAUCAUCUCAGACUCCCACCUCCACACACCCAUGUACUUCUUCCUCUCCAUCCUGUCCUUUGUAGACAUCUGUUUCACCUCCACGACCAUCCCAAAUAUGCUGGUAAAUAUGCAGAAACAGAGCAAAGUAAUAACCUACACAAUCUGCAUCACUCAGAUGUUCUUUAUCAUGCACUUUGUAGUGUUGGAUGGCUUGCUCCUGACUGCGAUGGCCUAUGACAGGUUUGUGGCCAUCUGUCACCCCCUGCACUACAAAGUCAUCAUGAGCCCCUGGCUCUGUGUGUUGCUGGUUCUGGUGUCCUGGAUGACGAGUGUCCUGCAAUCCCUGUUACAUACUUUAAUGGUGCUGAGGCUGUCCUUCUGUACACACUUGGAAAUCUCCCACUUUUUCUGUGAACUCAAUGAGGUGGUCCAUCUUGCCUGUUCUGAUACCUUUCUUAAUGACCUGGUGAAGUAUUUUACAGCAGCACUGCUGGGUGGGGGAUCCCUUGCGGGUAUCCUUUACUCCUACUACAAGAUAAUUUCCUCCAUAUGUGGAAUUUCAACAGCUCAGGGGAAGUAUAAAGCAUUUUCCACCUGUGCAUCUCACCUCUCAGUUGUCUCCUUAUUUUAUGGUACAGGCCUAGGAGUGUACCUUAGUUCUGCUACUGCACACAAUUCACACUCAAGUGCAACAGCCUCAGUGAUGUACACUGUGGUCACACCCAUGCUGAACCCCUUCAUCUACAGUCUGAGGAAUAAAGACAUAAAAAGGACACUGAAGGAUUCUUUGGGAAAGAAACUAAGAAAGAGCCAAUUGUCCUGUUGCUAA